AUGUAUUCAUUCGCACCCCUCGAUGAUGGGCACAUUCGAAUUCUCGAUAUCCUUCCUGCCGUUGAUGUGGGAGCGGAAAUACGAUGCGAGCUGCACCACCGCGAAUUCGAACCAGGAACAUACCACGCCCUCUCAUAUGUGUGGGGAGGUCCCAUCCCACAUAAAUCAGUCUACAUAGACGAUAAACCAGUGGAGGUCACACCGAACCUGUUCAUGGGGCUCCGGAGGAUCCGUCAUCCGACUGACAAGAUAUCUCUGUGGGUGGAUGCAUUGUGCAUCGACCAGAAGAAUGACCAGGAGAAAAUGUCGCAAGUCAAACGGAUGACUGAAAUAUACGCCAAUGCAAUGACCGUGUUCAUGUGGCUAGGAGAAGAAGAUGAUGAUAGUGAUCUGGCGAUGGAACUACUACAGUGCCUUGAAAAAAUGGUUGCAGGCGCGGUUGCAUGGACAUCCGGCGGUCAUCAAGUGGCAUUCUUCGAACCCGGUGCUCCCAUCGGCAAGAGCAAGAUGGAGUACAUUAAUCUGGAUCUGUGGGGCUUUCUUACGACGCUCAGGAUCAGAGAUUUCGACCGUCACUGGAAAGCUCUAGGCCCCUUAUUUGAACGCCCAUAUUGGUUUCGAGUGUGGAUCAUUCAAGAAAUUGUGGCAGCAUCGCAUGCGAUUCUCUGCUGUGGCUCCCAGAGGACCAGCUGGAAUGCCUUAAUGGCGUGGGUUAGCCGAUCGGAGGUGCUUCAGCACCUCGACAAUCUAGACGAGGCCGACAGGGCCCUGCGCAGAGCAAACGUUUUUUUGAAGCAAUACGCCGACCUUACCCACGACAUCGCCUUCGGAAAAAGGCCGUCUUUGCUGGAAGGGCUAGUACGACUGCGUCGGUUCCGUGCUACCGAUACAAGGGACCAUGUUUACGCGAUUCUUAACCUUGUGGACCACAAGGGCUUCGAACCAAACUACACUAAGAGGAUGCCUGAGGUUUAUAAGGAUGUUGUCAAAUUUGUCAUUGAGCAGGAUGAGACACUUGACUUUCUUAGUGCCUGCAAGCCGUCUCUAGCUUGGUCGUCUUUGACCGAACUCCAGUCUAAAUUGGACUUCGAGGCGGCAUUAGCCAGGGCAGCCUUGAUCUCCGACCUUCCCUCUCCAAGAGAGAACUCCCCUUUUGAUUCUCAGAGCAACGAUCUAUGGGAUGUUCGAUCGAUGGUCACAAACUUGCAGGAGGCUUUACAGCAAGUUACUGAGUCUAUAACGGAGAUUGAUGCAAUAUGUGUGGAAACCAAUGCAUCUAAAAAGGGUGGCCUGGACGAUAUCGAAAACAUACAAAGAGGCUCUGCUGCGGGGAAAAUCACUUCCAAUCGUUCUAGCAUCCAGGACACCGUCGAACACUGCGCUCAUUGCAUGAUGCGGCUCGGAAACUCUAUGAAGAUGAUUUUGUUCAUGCUAGAUACCUUGGUUCGCGAUGAACCACAAGAUGCCGUCGACCAGAGUGCAACGAUGAGAGGAGCGGAGUUGUUGAAGGAGUCUUUGGCCAAAAUUGGGUUGGACUUGCAAGACUUCCUCAACCUUCGGAACAUGACAUUGACUACGUGCCAAAAGGCCCAAGACUCGUGGUCUCAGCUGCGAUCUUGUAGGCCAGAUCUCAUUCCUCGACACAUACUUGGUUCUCAUCGAGAGAAGGCCUCGGAGGCUAUGACCCAACUUGGCGAUGCAAUAAACCGAUUAAAGAACAGUAUUUUUGAGCCUAGUGAAGAGUCCUCCGGCCCAGGACCUGGGAAAGUCGGAGGGACCGGCGAUUCGAAUAAAGUAGCCACAGCAACUUCUGCUACAUCUCAGAAUCCCGGGAAUGUCGAGAAAGGAACAGAAAACGCGUCAGAAUCGCCUGAGGAUUUAUCCGGCGCGCCUCCUGGGCCUCUCGACGUUGAGAAGACGGCGGGUGAUAUUUGCUCGAAAGGCAAUGCUAUUCUGAAGACGAUCUCCGAGGUAAUUCUUCCCUCAUGGGUUCCGGACUGGAGGCAGGGGAACUUGGAACACGGAAAUCUUCUAUUGAAACGUACCGACAAUUGCCACUACAAGGCAGGCGGCAGUAAACCGUACUUUUAUUUCCCGAACGAUGAAAGUGUCUUAAUUGUGCAUGGUGUGAACCUUGGACGAGUUCAGACGACGAAUCGAGCUGAAAAGGAGUCUUUACAGCCUGCCCUAAAACGUCAGUGGGAUUUUUGGGUGACCGCAAGCCAUCCUCGCAAUGUGUACGGCGGUCCAAAAGAUCAGCAAGAAGCCUUCAUUCGGACUUUGGUUGCGGGACGGAAUGAGGAUGGCAGUAAGGGAACUUGCGGCAUGACACCUCAGUUGCUGGAGGACAUGUUCGACUUGGGAUUCGUCGAAACAAAUGGCAACAAGGCUGAAUCCGAGACAAUAUCGAUGACUGACAUCAACUUAGCUUUGGCGCCUUCGAGCAAUGAGUUCAAAUUCGGCGCUACGGACAAAGGGUUCAUGGCUCGUGUUCCAAUUUUUUCAGAAGAUGGCGAUAUUGUCGCUGUGCUGCUAGGGGCCAAAGCACCUAUCGUACUUCGAAGAUACGCAAAGCUUGAUGCUUACUUGGUCGUCGGAGAAUGUUAUGUCGAUGGCGUUAUGGAGGGUGAGGUUAUCGCAGAACUCACUACUGGUGAUCGAUGUUUGGACGAGUUGGAAGACUUCCGCCUAGUGUAA